GCUUCGAUCUCAUUAUCGUGAAGCGGAUUUACAAUCCCCUAUCCCCUCACCGGAGGCAUUGUAUGUACGUAUAGAUGCUAAUGGGUAGGCUUGUGGGGUUUCGCUUUUUCCAGACAUGAUGAUCCUAGGUUCCGUUUCGUACUUAGAUUGCAUUCUUUUCUGCGCAUUUCUGGCACCGCAGCUGAUCAUACACGUCGGGUUGCUCGAAACCGUAUUAGUGGGCUUACAAUGCUUGCCCUUUUUAUUAUUUCAAUUACCUUUCGAGCUCAUUCACGAACGCUACUUUGUCAGAUAUGAGCAGCAAUCCCCAUUCGUACAGAAGGCAUCCCUAUUUGAAGACCUUGUGAUCCGGUGUGUUCGCUAUGCGUUUGCAAACAUACCUCCUAAAGUUGGAAGGGUAUUCUUUUCCAAGCCGGUAGCCCUGCCAUUCCUAAAGUUCAGAAUGUUGCGGCAUGGCUAUUUAACAUCUCCCAUAUAUUGGCAUGAACAUAAUGAUAAGCGUUUCAAAGGAAUAUGGAUCAUCAAGGAUACAACAGCAAAACCCGACGUCUGCAUAUUUUACGCGCAUGGGGGUGGCUUCUCAAUGGGGUCGGCAUACUUUUACCUCGAGUUUCUGCUCACAUGGCUGAGCCUAUUAAAUGAUAGCGGAUAUAAAAACCCAGCUAUCUUUGCUCUGGACUAUUCGCUGGUCCCCGAUGCCAACUUUCCAACGCAGCUGGAGGAAGCUAUUGCCGGCUACGAGCAUGUGCUUUCAACGGUGCAAGAUGCCGACAGGAUUUGCGUCAGCGGAGACUCAGCUGGUGCUACCAUCGUGCUCAGCUUGCUACUCCAUCUUGCUAAUAUUGAUCGCCAUCUUGAAAAGAUGAAUAGAACUACCGGAGCGUGGCGCCUGGCAAAACCUGGGAUGGCAGUGCUUAUUUCACCUUGGGUAACGCUGGUCUCUAGCAAGCAUCAAAAUACCACAAGUGACUACCUUAACGCCGAAACCUUGCAUCGAUAUGCGCAUCAGUACGCAGGAGAGAAAGUGUCGGUCAACGAUCCGCUUUUAUCACCGGGCAAUUGUAGAGAUGUUUCGUGGUGGAAGCAUGCAGCACCCUCGCGAGGCAUAUUUGUGGCUUAUGGCGCCGAAGAGGUAUUGGCGCCCGAAAUUUCAGCUCUUAUCAAGUUCUUGGAGAAAAAUGACAUAAAAGUUCACAGUAGAGAAGAAAAGGGAGGAAUUCAUGCUUGGCCGGUAGCCUCCGGAAAGUUGCCUCCAACCUGUGCAGCCUAACGAUCUGCGGGAGCCUUGAUGAGACCGGCUUAUGCGCGACAAAUGUCCUUGAUCCUCUUAGUGUCGAUGGCGACACACACGUGCUAAAUUCAUUUGUGACAAGAUCAACAUGGAUGGAUAUAUGACCUCGACAGUUCAUCUGUGUUGAGAUAGUUGAUAUGUAAUUCGUAUAAAUCUACACGAAUGUGUAGAUAUGUAGAUGGAGGAGUUGAGUGACCAUCCUUUUAAUAUGUAAUGACAGAUAAUUCGUAUAGGGUGUUCGGUGAGUACAAGGAAGCAUGUUACAUUAAAGUCGGUGUUCGAUUUCUAGG